UUAAACGUUUUAUCGAAUCGACCAAAGAUACUCGUCGAAUAAGCGGGCGAUAGUAAUGUCUGACUUGAGCCGUUUAGUAAAGGAGAUAGGAAUCGAGGUUCAACAACUUUCCAGUCAGGUCGAGCUGGAAAAAAACAAUAUAUCACGUAUAGUUAAUUUGAAUUUCUAUGCUGUUACAGAUCUUCAGCAAAAGCUAAUUUCUUUAACUCAAGAAGCUGAGUCUCAAAAAAAGUUCAAGCAGCAACAAGAGGAAGAGUUAAGGAAUUUAGAGGAAACAUAUUUUCAGCCAGAUGAUUACAGCUGUGGUCUUUCAGACGUCAGUGAAGUAAUAAAUGAACAAAUUCGUUGCCUUAACGUAAUCCUUUCAGAGAUCAUGAGCAGUAAUGAGAGAAUUAGGAAAGAAAGAACUGACUUUAUCCUGGAAUACAAACAAAAGCUAGAUGAUUACAACCGACAUAUAGCACAAAAUGAAAAGCUACACGCCUUUAUCGAGUUGUGGAAAGUGAAAUGUACUGAAAACUUUAAACUGACUGCGAUCCCUGAUGUGAUAAGAGAAAUAGCUGAAGAAAUAUCCAGUUCCUACAACGUGUCUAUUGUGGAGACACUAAAAAACGCACUAAGUGCAUCAGCAGUAGAAAGCGAAGAAAUAAGGAUAUCUUCCCCGCAAAAUGUAUUCAUUGCAGAAAAAAAUGAGAUUCCUGCGAUUACUCCAAAAACUCAGUCAAAUACUGCAUCGAAUGAACAACUUAAUUUGUCGUGUGAUAUAGAUACUCAAUUCCAGCAAUGUAAUGUUCUGGAUGCAAGUCGCUUACGCGUGUCUGCACUUGAUACUAGUGUGAUUUCAUCGCUUGUAAAAAAGGAAAGUUACAGUUUCCCACUUAAGAACUACGAACAAUCUGAUACUCAACGAGACUGUACGAUGAAUAUGGAUGUAACGAUAUGUGGGGAAAAUGAUGCAUCUUCUUAUUAAAUUUACAACUAGACAUAAUUUUUCUGUUAUAGUUGUUUAUUGAAUAUGCGCAAUAAAGUUUAUGAGCUAUGGA